GGGUGACUCUGGCUAACAAUUGACCUAUUUAGUAUGCUAAUUAGCGGUCUAAUUAGCUAAUUAGGGUUAUCCUUGAGUUCCAAGGUCUUUGAGCUUGAAGUGAGGGAAAGAUAGGUCCCUAACCUUGACUUAGAACGGUCCAGAACGUGAUUUUGGGUUUUUUCCUUUACUUUGGGACACGAUAGACCUAUUUAAUAUGCUAAUUAGUGGUCUAAUUAGCUAAUUAGGGGUAUCCUUGAGUUCCAAGGACUUUGCCCUUGAAGUGAGGGGAAAGAUAGGUCCAUAACCUUGACAUAGAAUGUGACAGAACGUGAUUUUGGGUUUUUUCCUUUACUUUGGGACACGAUAGACCUAUUUAAUAUGCUAAUUAGCGGUCUAAUUAGCUAAUUAGGGUUAUCCUUGAGUUCCAAGGACUUUGAGCUUGAAGUGAGGGAAAGAUAGGUCCCUAACCUUGACUUAGAAAGGUCCAGAACGUGAUUUUGGGUUUUUUCCUUGAAAUGAAACAUCCCUACAACCCUCAGUUUGACCUAAUUACAUGGUAAUGACAUGUGGUCUUGAUGUCCAAUGCCCUUGACUUAAAAAGGUUUGAGAAUAAACUUUGAGUGUAAAAAGAUUGAUUUUUAGAGUUUGCUCUUGAAAAGUGAGGUUAUUUUUGACCCAUACUGUGGUUGUGUCCUUGGGGUACAUGAGCAUGAUCUUGAAGUGCGGCCAUGACGUGGGAAUAGCCAUGCCCUUGAGAUUGAGAGAUGUGUGUCGAAGGUUAUUUUCAAAUCAUAGUGGCCCUCACAUUGAAAUAAGGCCAUAAUUUCAUGGUGACUGUCAAUAAAUGAGUGAAAACCACAGCAUUAGCCAUGAAAAAUAGGCAGAUGCAAAUGCUUCAUGUGAGAAAAAGUUAAACUUACCCAAAAAAAGAACGAGUAAUCCAAUUAUCUCCAUUUCCAGUGAAUGUAAGUUUUAAUUUACAUAAUCCAAGCAAAUUCUUUGGAAGGGGUGUUUGAGUUUUGCAUUUGAGCAUCCAAGACAGCACAUAUUUUGCAAAAAUUCCUUCACCACGCAUGAUUUUUCUAUGGAGGCCGUGAUACAGCUGCGGUAGCAGUGUCUGAAUGACCUCCUGUUUCUAUUCACGAACAUCGGUAAAAUGCGGGAUAGCCAUAUCAUAAAGGAUGCAUUGUAAACGUUUCACCUGGAUUUCGAAUUAUCAUGCGGUCGCUUCUAUAGAAAAGAACGGCCCCGUUCCAAGUCAGCUGCCAUGAUUGCAUUUGCAUGCAUUGAAGAACCACCUUUUUUAGAAGAAUGUGUUGUUCCUCUUAGAGGAGCCUGAUCGAAUUUACAUACAGGGCAGACGUUUUCGUAGAGACGCCUUCAGUCUAGCCAUUAAGUCUAAGAUCACGUUCGCAUAUGUCCGGCAGAUGGUUGAUAGACACUGUAAAAGGCUUAAUAUGAAAAAAACCCACCAAAAAACAGUAUUGUUUUCUCAUCAGCUGCCUUUGGAAAGUGUGCACACUUUCAAAGCAAUCAAACAUGACGUAGCGUGGCCUGCUGCAGCACCUCAUGAGGACAAGAUCAGGCUGCGUUUAAUGAAUAGUAAAUGUUUGACUAUAGAUAAUGAAACAGAUGAUGGUGUAUUGUUUCUUUUCGAUAUUAAUUGCCAACGCUGCAAAAUUUGGAGGGAAAAUAUGUCAAUGGACUUUGUUUUGUAAAAAGGCAAGACUGCUGACCGCCAGGUGUUGUUUUCACUGACAGUGGUGUGUUUUAAGAAGCAAAGUUUUUAAAGACAAAACACAUGUCGCACGGUUGACCUUGAGCGUUAAGAUAAAAGCCGGUGAAAUGAUGGACACAUCAUCAGUUCAUCUGAACAGUGCAAGAGAGUGUGCUUGCCGUUUGUGCCAAAUGCCUUUUUUUGAAAGUUUGAAAUUUCGAACCGUUAGUGUACCUGUGUGUGAGUGUGUGUUAAAAUUUCCGACUGGAAAUCGCGGAAAAUCAUCUUUGACAUCUGAAUUCAUAAGGACCCCAAGCGAAAACCUGUAAAAAUGUUCAAGAAGUUUAGUUAUGCAGAUGCAGUGACCGGAAAAGACGCUAGCGUUGGACUCAUAGAUUCAGAGGACGAAUUUACGGAUGCGACGCCUUGGGUAACGGUUGAACGAAAAAGGAAAAGACCUUCUCGUUUGGCUCUUAACAAGAAGAAGAAACGAAAAGCCACACUAGAACACCCGCUACCCACUGCCCAGGCGCCAAAACUACCUGUAGUGUCAGGUCCAACAGGGAGAGGCCUACAGAAAAAAACAGACAAACAAGAAACAUCGAAAACACAGAUGUGCAGUUCCACGAAAAAAAGAAAAUCAUCACAUGCACUUCCAGCGUCAACUACGACCGCAGCCGCAGGGCACCCACCACCACCUACCCCUAGUGAUAAGACAGACGACGACGACGACACCCAAAUGCAAGGUUCUAAAACAGCCGUGGACCGUCUGAUGGGUGUCGUGAACACCAUACUAAACGAGAGGACAUCGAAGGGGAGGUUUGGACUACCAAGUGCAAUGCAUGAGCCGCAUGAGUAUGACAAGGUUGUUCAACAAAUCAACCCUUUCAUUAGAGCAAAUGAUAAUGAUAAUAUUGAGGAAGAUGUGCACAAAUGUGAGGGGGAGUCAGAACAGGUAUUACAUUCUGUGCAGAGCACUUCUGCCUCUUCUUCUUCUUCCCCGUCUAGAGGUGCUAAUGCAGAGGAGGUAAUUAUAAUUCCCGACACCCCCUCUGAGGAACGCAUCGCCCCUUCACAAAUUCCAGGGUCGUAUACAUGUAUUGAUGCCGUUGCUGCGGUUGUUUCAGCCGAUGCGGCCCCUUAUGAUAUAGACGCUAGUCUAUAUUUUCCCCUUACACCUCCUGGAGCGCCAGGUGCAGUGCCGUUGCAAGAGGGUGAAGGGGCUUUACCUUGGUUACUUAGCCCGUCUCCAUCUGCUAAUGAACCGCAGCAGCAGCAGCAACGGCAGGAACCGCAGCUAGACGCAAACGAGUAUUGCGUGCCACCUGUUAACCCUAUCGAGGGUUUACCUGUGACCCAUGAUACCUCAGAUUAUCCUGAUCUAAUGGACUUGCUAUCCUGUGAUAUGGUCCAAAUGGUAUCGUGUGACACAGGUGAACACACCUCACAGACGGUAUCACCUCCAACGCUAUCAACCCCUACAUUUUCUGUUGCUGAUGAAAAGGAACUGGACAGGAAAAUAGUUGAACAGCUUCAGAAUUGCACGAAGCUGUUUGAUUAUCUUGCGAAUGGACAGUUGGGACUUGAGACGGUCCAGAGCAGUCAAAACAACGAUGAUGUUGACCUUCAAAUGGCUCUCGAAACAUUGCCUGAACCGGAGCGAUCUAACACAGAGGUUCUUCACACCUCUCAAGUCGCAACGACUUCAGACGCUUACGUGUACCCUUUGUACAAAAAACCUAAACGGAAAAUUCCUUUUCGUCAGCAGAAGAAAAAAAAAUGUACGCCCGAAGGUGAGCGCCCGAUUCUGAGGAGUCUUUUAUCUGAGGGCAAUAUAGCGGAGCCUUCGGAUGUCGGAGCUCGUUACGCUCCAGGGAAUACUGUCAAUAGCCCGUAUCCUUUAAAAGUCCCCGAUUCCCCGGAGCGUAACGUCGCGUCACAUCAGUCUUUUUUAGAUUUAGGCCGUCACAACAAAAUAGGCCCUUGACGUUGUUGCAGUCUGGAGGUAAC